AAUCAUAACUGAAGAUGAAGGCAUGACACUGACAGCCACUAUAAAUGAGCUGGAGGAUGAUGCAUCACCGAAAGAAGUGGAGCAGAUGACUGCAUGGCUACGGCACAACAUUGCUCCCAAGGAACGAGUGAGAGAAUGUAUGAAGAAGACCGCGAUCAGCCGGUACCGAGAGCUGUCGACCAACCUAGAGUUGAUGAUAAAAUCCAUUCUAGAAUCUAAUCCAAGGUUGUUGGAUCCUGGUAUGAUUGAACAGGAUUAUGAUUGUCUAUUUGAAAAUGGUGACAAACUAACCAAACUUUGGGAUGGCUUUUUUGGUAAACGCAUCAUUGCAUAUGCUUCAGCUGGUAAGAGGGGCAAUUGGCGUGAGAAGUUAGGUGUCAAAGACGUCCUGAAUGAAGAUGAAGAAAGUGUGGUGGCCCUCCAACUGUUGCCACACAUACUGCCACCAAAGCCCAUCAAGUCCUCCAAUGUUGUACACAGACCAUCCAACUUGGAAGCAGCCAAUGCUUUUAUCAGGUUCAAACAGGCAACAACAAACAUACCAGCCUUCCUCGACAUUAGCUGCGCUUACACCACGAAAUAUUGGUGGACCAAUUGCACUUACACCACCACAUUGCCGCGACAAAUUGGUUCGGCAAUCCAUUGCCGAUACAAAUUGCCGAGCGAAUUUGUCCCACCAAGCUUGAUGGUCCAAAUUCGCCCGGCUUGUUAAAAGCUCGGCUUUGUCGUGGUGUAAGCGCAAAUGGAUCGGCAAUUAGCUAGUUAGAUGGUUCGGCUCCAGGCGGCGCUUUCGAAAUGGCGCUUUCUGCCAAGGCUUUCCGCGUCCUGCUUAUUGUUUGCGCGCCAUCUGUAGCCGGAUUUUAUAACUAGCUGCAGCGCUGGUGUAAGCGCUUGGUGGAUUUUCGAUGGUGCGGCAUUGGUUCCCGAACCAAGAUUGGUGGUCCAUUUUCAGGUGGUGUAAGUGCGGCUACUGUAGAGGGAUCUGUCCAACCGUUCAUACUAGCUCUGGGGGAUCGCCAUAAUCCGUCUCAAUCAUUCGUAGUAGUUGAGCGCAAUGCAGUGGAGCAGCCAUCUCUGUUGAAAGCAGUUGACUGCUGCUUCAAGCUUUUCUUUGUUCUGGACAUCGCAUAUCCAGCAAGCUGUCACAUUGUUUGGGAGUUUCUGCAGGAUUUGGUUUACCAACUGCCAGUCAGAAAGGGGCAAACAGCCAUCAGCAAGAAUGUGAUGAGUUUAAGGAAUUACUUCAAUGUUGACUAGUGAAUGUGUUGUAAUGGCAUAAUUAACCCAGACUUCUAUGUGGGCCAAAUGCCAAGCUUAGAAAUGUGCAAAAUCAGCGAUAAAUUUAAAUAGGGGUUCAGCUGUGGUGUUGCCUUCCUGUGUGGAUUGCAUUGCCAAUGUCCUUGUUGUGGUUUGAUGAUGGCACCAUUGCAUAACUUGUCCAAAUACCCAUUUGUGAGGGGCUUUCAAGUGGGUGUACCCAUGUACAUGUACUUAAUCUGUACUCUCGAUCAGCAUGUAUUCAUUGUCGGUUAACCCUUUUCCUGCAAGUGAUUCACAACAACCCUGUCACAGGUGUUCAUUUGAAAGCUCAUUCUUGAAGCACAUUUGGAAUUUUGCUAUGUCCUAUUAUAUUACUGGUAACAAACAUGUUAUAAAAAAUAUUUGGCUUUGGGCCCAGGAUGUUACUUUUUGGUACUUUGGCAGUUUUCCAUCACAACAUGCAAGUUCUUUGAGGAAAUGUUAGUGGUGGCUUGGGAUAUGCAGUAUCUCAAAUCAGCUGUUUCUUAUGUGCAAUGUGUACUGCCUUGGAAUGUAUACUAGUAUGGCUCUGACUUUGGCUAUUAUAGGAAUCCUGUUGUUACGAGUUGUCUUAUGAUUACCUUGUGAUGGCAUUAAUGCUAAGGACUGUACACACAAUCGUUUUGUUUCAAUUUGAAUUUGAAUUUGCUUUUGCACUACCGGUACAUGCAAAAAACAUUCAGAGGCAUUUAGGUCCUGAUUUCGAAGUUGGUUUUAAGGUUUAUUUUAGUUUUAUACGUUUUCAGCAAUCCUGAAAAUGCAUAAUUUCUGUAAACAAGGUUGGUUACCCCUGAAAUUAUUAAGUCUUAUGCUUGGGUGAACCUUGUUGUUGCCUUAAAGUGCCCCGUUGAUGCAAAAUGAAAUGGCCAGGGCCAUUGUGCUCACCUCAUGUGGAGGAAAGAUGGAUAAAGAGCAUGGUAUUUUGUCAUGUAGUGUUAGGUUUGAUGUAGGUCCAAGCAAUUACAAUUUCCCCAAAAUGGCCAAUUUACAGUACAUUCGACCUCUGUGACCUUGAAAAGUAGGUCAAAUCAAAGAAGACCCGGGUGACACAUUGAAUGGUUG